AUUUGAUAGAUUUUAGUAGUUUCAAAAAAUCUAACCGAGACGGUUGGGAAUGUCUAGACUCAAGAAUGUUCCGAUGAAUCAAUUCAUAUUCAAUAUAAUAUACUUUUCAAUUGAAAAGGGCGUAUCUGCAAAAUAGCACAUUUGGGAUAUUUGUCUUUGAAGACUUUCAUUUCAUCCACAGAUUCAAUUGAAUUAAUAUGAAGAAAAAAUAAAUGAUAAUGCAUGUUAAUUAAAUUUAAUCUGUAGAUGGCACAAAUGAAAGUAUUUAAAGUUCAAUCAAUAUCCCAAAAGUGAUUUUUUGUAGAUACGCACGCACUUCUCAAUUCAAACGUCAGUAUAGAUUCAUCAUAUUCCAAUCUGAUCACGCUGAUGAAACUGUUGAAAUGAUGUUCGAUCAAUACAUUGCUUUCCGGAAAUAAAGAGGAUCUUAUACGAAUUCAAUACAGUAAUUACAAUAUCUUAUGCAUAAUGGACCUGUACUUAGCAACUCUCAUGCUUGUAGACACCUCUGAUAAUGCUUUGUCGGCAUUAUCCAUAACAGAAUUACGGUUCGUUUUAUGGGUCGGCUUUAAAAUUCAGUAAAGACGGAUAACUUUUUUGACCGUUAUGCAAAUUUAGGUAGCUAUUAUUUGAAAGCGUUGAAUAUUUUGCAAUAACCUGGACCACUUUAGGAAUCACUGGCCUGGCGUAUACCGAUGACGAAUACAAAAAUCACAUUUGGCAAAACCAGAGGCAACGCCGACAAAGUGGAUAUACAAAGGAUAAUAAUAAAUCUCGAAAAUAGACGUGCUCGUAGGGAAAUAAAAAUAAUUAUCUUGAAAGCGAUAAUAAACUAAUAAACUCUGAAGGGUGCGAUUUUCGACUGCCUUGAAGAUUUCAAAGGAAAGUAAAAUGAUUAUUGGUUCAUUUUUAUGGAAUUUUUACGAAGAUAUAUCUCUGUAUUUCCAAUCAAUUAUUUAGAUUCAUAAUAUUUUAUAUGUGGUUAUGGGAGCAAAUGUUCAAUUGUUGAAAGCACAUUAAAAAGACCAUCAAAAAUAUAAUAUACGUUUCAAUUGAAAAGGGCGUAUCUGCAAAAUAGCACAUUUGGGAUAUUUGUCUUUGAAGACUUUCAUUUCAUCCACAGAUUCAAUUGAAUUAAUAUGAAGAAAAAAUAAAUGAUAAUGCAUGUUAAUUAAAUUUAAUCUGUGGAUGGCACAAAUGAAAGUAUUUAAAGUUCAAUCAAUAUCCCAAAAGUGAUUUUUUGUAGAUACGCACGCACUUCUCAAUUCAAACGUCAGUAUAGAUUCAUCAUAUUCCAAUCUGAUCACGCUGAUGAAACUGUUGAAAUGAUGUUCGAUCAAUACAUUGCUUUCCGGAAAUAAAGAGGAUCUUAUACGAAUUCAAUACAGUAAUUACAAUAUCUUAUGCAUAAUGGACCUGUACUUAGCAACUCUCAUGCUUGUAGACACCUCUGAUAAUGCUUUGUCGGCAUUAUCCAUAACAGAAUUACGGUUCGUUUUAUGGGUCGGCUUUAAAAUUCAGUAAAGACGGAUAACUUUUUUGACCGUUAUGCAAAUUUAGGUAGCUAUUAUUUGAAAGCGUUGAAUAUUUUGCAAUAACCUGGACCACUUUAGGAAUCACUGGCCUGGCGUAUACCGAUGACGAAUACAAAAAUCACAUUUGGCAAAACCAGAGGCAACGCCGACAAAGUGGAUAUACAAAGGAUAAUAAUAAAUCUCGAAAAUAGACGUGCUCGUAGGGAAAUAAAAAUAAUUAUCUUGAAAGCGAUAAUAAACUAAUAAACUCUGAAGGGUGCGAUUUUCGACUGCCUUGAAGAUUUCAAAGGAAAGUAAAAUGAUUAUUGGUUCAUUUUUAUGGAAAAAAAUUUCGUUUUUCGUUUCUGCAAGAAUUCUGAAAUUUCAUAUUUUGAAAAUCUUGGGAGGGGUAAUUACUAUAUAAUACUAGUACUCUUCACUAUUUCUAUACGGUCUUGCUUACUGACUGACUGAUAUUUGUACGUUUUUGAGACUCAAUUAUUAAGUGAAGUUAGUGAAGGUGUUUGAAGUUUUUUUAUAAGUUAUAUUUGCCUUUGACCUAAGGACUUUUUGUUUAUUCAGUUAUUAAAGGUAAGAGCUUAAUAUACAAUUCGAUAUUUUUCAACCUUAAAAUUACUUUUUUGAAGAUAUAAAACUUGAAAACGAUUUAUAUUUGAAUGUAUUAGAUUUUUGUGUAUAACCAAUAUCGGGUGUUUCAUGUCAUCGUAUAUAGGCAAAAUCUCGCUCAUUUGACGAGAUAAUAAAAAAAUUUCUGUUACUAGGGCCUAGUAACAGUUGGAAUAAUACAGAUCUAUUCUGAAUUUCUCCAAGUGAAUAUUAGAACUCUGAAAAUAGACGAGCAGAUAAAUUCGAUUUUUUUAAUCUGAAGUUGGUUGUGUUGUGAAUAUUUCGGAGUGAAAACUUGUGUUUGAAUAUUUCGAUCUUUUUGUAAGGAAAGCAAAAAUGUUUGGUCUAGUUCAUUUUCCCGACCAGACUUACGGAAUAUAUUCAAUGAAAAAUAUUUCAAAGAAAAAAGGAGAUAAUAAUGCCUGCAUUGUAAAACAUAGAGGUGCCAAAUAUGAAGCAGUACUGAUAACAGAAAAAGAGAAAAAAGAAGAACUGAGGGUACUUCAAGAUGAAAUGGUUGGACAGCUAAAAUCAGUAAAGAAAUCUGUAAGCGAUAAUAAUUUCACUGAUUCGAAAAUUGGAGAAAAAUAUGUGGAUAUGGACAGACCAUCUACUUCCUCCAUCAACCAUAAAUAUGUUUCCUCCGUUGUUAAAAAAGAUGAAGAAAGUAGUGAUGAAGCAAUUCAAGAGCAAAGAGAAGAACAGAGGAUUCUUCAAGAAGAAACGCUCGAACAAAGAGAAUCAGUAGAAAAAUCUAUAGGCGAUAAUCAUUCCACUGAUUCAAAAAUUGGAAAAAAAUAUGUGGAUAUGGACAGACCAUCUACUUCCUCCAUCAACCAUGAAUAUGUUUCCACCGUUGAGGGUAGAGAUGAACAAAGUAGUGACGGAGCAUUUCAAGAGAAAAUAAUUAUAGAAGAUAUAUUGCUUAAUCCGCGGAGAUCGCCAGAAAAAUCUCUAGUCUAUGAGGAUUUCAAUGAUUUUUCAAUUGGAACAGAAUAUGUGGAAAUUAACCGAUCAUCUACUUCUCUUAUGAAGAACUUCGAUGAUACUGUUUUCUCCACUGUUUGUGGAGAGGAGGAAGACAGAUAUGCAGAAUUUCAAGAUAAUAGUACCAUGGAAGCUUCAGAUAUGAAUGUUGACAAAAACAAACAGAGUAUUAUGCAACAUCAUGGAAUACCAGUUCAAGUGGAACCUGAAGAUGAGAUAGAAUUAUCAGUUUAUGGAGACAAUUCUGAUGAUGAUUCAGAUUAUAAUUUAUCUACUUAUUCAGAAACGCAAUCUGAUAACUCACGAGAUGGCAGUCGGAGCUCAACACCAUGUUCCUUUCUAUCUGAAAUGGAUCUGAAUAUUGAGGAGAAAACGCAACCGAAUGAGUCCAAUAAUAAUUCCCUCUCGAAAAGCAUCCAAGUUCAUUUAUCUGCCUCGUUAAACGAACCAGGGUGCGAUGAUGAAAAUAUGAUGGUAACUGAGUCCCGCGGAAGAAAAGGAGACAAGAAGGCAAAUUUUUGUUUCUACUGCCAUACGAAACAGCAAAAAAUCUCACGACACCUAGAGAAUAAACACAGCGGUGAGGAGGAGGUGAAAAAAUUUAUUAUGUUACCAAAAGGUAACGUAGAAAGGGCCAAGAUUAUUGGUCAGAUAAGAAAAAGGGGAAAUUUCCUUUUUAAUACGAAUGAGAAUUUAAAUGAUGGUGAGCUGAUUGUGGCGCGACGGCCUAAAAGCAGCAGGAAUAAAAGUGGUAGGGAUUACAGUGCAUGUGCAAACUGUAAGGGAUUUUUCUCAAAAGCCACCCUUCGAGUGCAUUUCAGAUCCUGCACAGGCAUUGAUUCCGACAUUAAAAGAUUGCCAAAUUUGCUAAGUAAAAAAAUCACAUCAAGAAUACAUCCUAUGGCAUCAAUAACUGUGAGAAAUCAUUUAUUCCCACCGCUGAGGGAGGAUGAUGUAUGUAGAGCAAUCAGAUAUGAUGAACUCAUCAUCAUUUAUGCUAACAAAAUGGUGGAAAAAUAUAGAGAACCGAGACAUUUCCAAAUGAUAAGGCAGAGAUUACGAUUAAUUGGUAAUUUCCUCAUUAAAAUGAAGGCACUGAGUAAGGAAAUAAAUAAUUUAGCCUCUAUAUAUGACCCAAAAUUUGUAGACAUGGUUUUAUCUGCUAUAAAUAUGUGUGCCCGGUACACUGAAACUACGAACUGCUUCGAAGCUCCUUCGGUAGCGUUCAGUUUGGGCACACUGCUGAAGCAGAUUGGCAAUUUAUUAAUAACAGAGUGCAUUAAAAACCACAAGGAAGAAAUGCGAAAAAAUGCUAAAUAUUUCUUGAAAGUUUUCGCUCAAGAAGUGAACAUAAAUGUAAACAGAACUGUUGCUGAAACUCAACUGAAAAUGAGUAGAACAAAAACAGUUAUGCUACCCACAAUGGGCGACAUAAAAAAACUCAGCGACUAUUUGACCAAGAAGAGAAAAGACGCCCUUGAGAAAUUGAAAAUUUGCUUCUCGUCAUUGGCCUGGAUAGACUUAGCAGAGGCAACGCUAACGUCUAUCCAGGUUUUCAAUAGACGACGCGCUGGAGAAGUCGAGAGAAUUAGCAUUACCGAAUUUGAAAAAUACGAAACGAUUGAGAGAAGUAAUAAUGAUCUAUUUCAAUCACUUUCAGAGAAAUCAAAAGAAAUUGCAAAAAAAUAUGUUCGAUUCACUAUAAGGGGCAAGUUGAAUCGGACGGUUCCUGUUCUAUUGGAUACUCAUUUAUGUGAGUGCAUCCAAUUAAUAAUAAAAAACAGAACAAAUAUGAGGGUCCACAAGAGUAACCCUUAUGUAUUCGGUACACCAGGGUCGGAUACAAAAAAGCAUCCACAUCUGAGUGCCUGCACUUUGAUGAGGAAAUUCUCUGAAGCUUGUGGUGCUGAGCACCCGACAAGACUACGUGGCACCAAUUUGAGGAAACAUAUAGCCACUACGUGUAUUACUUUGAAUCUUGAAAAUCAAGACGUAGUGGAUUUGUCGAACUUCAUGGGCCAUUCGGAGAAGAUACACAAGGGCAUUUAUCGUCAGCCCAUUAUAAGUAGGGACAUUUUGGGCAUUUCACAACUCCUGCAAACAGCUCAAGGAGAAAAUGAAAAUGCAAGCAGUGAUGACUCCGAAAAUGAGGUUGUCAAUGAUGAAGAACCAAUUCCUACAAAUGAAAUCAAUUCAACAGGAGGAACUCCAAAUCUUAGUGGGGGGAAUAGGAGGAAUUCCAGCAAAGCCCAUACCCUAUCUGGCACCCUCAAAAGAGUGAGGUGGACCCAAGAGGAGAAGGAUGCUAUUUUCCGUAUUUUCGGAGAAUAUAUGAAUAGAAAAGCUCUACCUCCUUUGAAAGUGAUACAAACAGUGAUAAAAGAAACUCCUGUUCUUCAGAAUCGCACGUCACCACAAAUAAAGACAUGGAUUCACAAUCAGCUGAAGGGCUCCAAGAAGAAACUUUCAUUUUCAAACUGAAUAUUUGUGAUAUUUUUAAUUUAUACAUAGUCAUUCGUUUUUAUUCAUAUUUAUUUAUUUUUUCAUAUAUUUAUUUACUUUUCAAGAAAGUUGUUUAUGUUUCUUCAUUUUCAUUCAUUUAUUUUCAUUUAUAUUUGUUCGUUUUAUUUAGAGAUUUAUUUAUGUUCCUUUGAAAUUCAUUUAUUUGUAUUCUUAAGAUUUUUUCAAGAUGGUGUUUCUUUCGAAACACUUCAUUUACAAUUGAAGUUUAUUAUUUUUCUUAAUCAAAAACCAAAGAAAAACCGAAUAUUUUAUUGUCACCAUAUUUUUAUGCCUUCAACUGGAAAUUCCUAACUAGAUAUUACAGAAGAACUAGGUCGACUAGAAAUUUGGAAAUGGAGAUUAGAAUAUUUAUCAUUCCUGGCUCUUUCGUACAUAUAGAGAAGAUAUUUAAAUUUGAAAAGAAUUAUGAUUCCCUUGACUUCCUCAUUAUUUAAAAUACUUUACCCAAUAAUUUAACUUCACCUUAUUUUUAUGACCUUUAACUGGGAAUACUCAAGUUCAAUCAAGAAGUUACUGAGGAACUGGGUCGACUAGAAAUUUGAAAAUUGAGAUUAGAAUACUUUCUCAAUCUAGGCUCUUUCGGUUAUACAGAGGAUCAAAAAAAUGUUCAUAACGGCGACCCCCCCCCAAUUUAAAGGCUAGGAUCGCCCUUGUCAUAAAUGCAAUUUCUGUAACGAAACUACAAUGAAAUAUAUUUUCGAAAAUAAAAUAAUCCUCAUAUUAAGA